UGGAUGCACCGCACACACUGCAUGCAGCAGUGUGCGGUGCCCGGGAACACCCCUCAGGACCUGAAAUGUCGAAGGCUAAGAAACGAGUUGAAGGGGAAGAGCCUGAUAUUUCCAAGGCUUUAACCCCUCCUAAAAAGCCCAAGCCUAUCAGCAAGAAUCCCACAGGACAGGCUAAGCAGUCUUCUGCACGAAGAAAGCUGUUGGCCAACGUACAAGAGAAAGCAGUACCAAAGCCUGUCACCAAUGAGGACAUCUCAUCCAACUGGAAAUCAUUCUUACAGAUACCUUAUCUCAUUCUUUAUGGGCUCUUUGGUCUGAUCUUGUCCUUUUUGCAAGAGUUGCCCACUAUUGUUGUGUUGGCGGCGAAGGCGGCCGGUCCUGCGCCGGAGCCGCCGGCCGUCCGGCGGCGGCCGCGCGGUCUGGCCAAGCGCGGCUGCUCGUGCCCGCCACCAGUGUGGUUUGACGGCGUGGACCCGUCGCUGCUGCGUGACGACCGGCCGCCGUGCGACUUCUGCCAGAAACAGCGGCAGAGGGAGCAGAAACAGCGCGACAAGGAGCAGCAGCGCGAACAGGGGGAGCGAGACGAGGCCAGCCAACUGGCCAGCGCCAAAACGCCGCUUCCGUCGCGGUACCUGGCGAUGGACUGCGAGAUGGUCGGCGUCGGUCAGAGUGGCCAGGAGAACAUGUUAGCCAGGGUCUCCAUCGUCAACUCGCUCUGCCAGCCCGUCUACGAUAAGUUCGUCAAGCCCAUGGAGAAGGUGACCGAUUACCGCACGUUCGUCUCCGGCGUCCGCCCCAAGGACCUCGUCAAGGGUGAGGAGUUUGAGGUGGUGCAGCGGGAGGUAGCGGCGCUGCUCAAAGGCCGCGUGCUGGUCGGUCACGCCGUCUACAACGACCUCAAAGUACUGAUGCUCAGCCACCCCAAGAAGCACACCCGGGACACGGCCAGUUACAAACCGUUCCGGAAGAUGUUCAACGGCGGCAUACCCAGCCUGAAGAACCUCUCGAUGAAGGUGCUGGCGGUCGACAUUCAGAAGGGGGAGCACGACUCUGUGCAGGACGCGCGCGCCACCAUGCAGAUUUACCAGACGCACCGUCGGGAGUGGGAGGCGGCGGUGGCGGAGCGGCAGCGUCGGAGACCUCCCGGGGCCACCCGGUGACCGGCGCCGGGGCCGUACCGACAUCGGGGCAUUGUCAGGGGCGGGGUACCGGCAGGGACGCCGGCGACGACUGACCAAUGACCAUGGUGGAUUUGUUUCGCGCCGCUGAUAUCUUGCGUCGUGGUGGUAAGCUGCCUUGGAAUCUGUGAGUUUUGUUGUGAGCGUUUGAUGAGUGACGUGAAGCUGUGUGACGAGAUGGUUCGCAGCCGGCGGAGGGUAUUUUGCGGUGAAGGCUGUGCAUGAAACGCCGGCUAAUGAUGAGCCUCAAUGACGUCACGAUAAAGUCCGAGCUGGGUCUCAGUGACUUCCAGUGUUGAUCGCUUAUGCUGGUUAGCUACGUGGGAUGAUGCAGUUGUGACGACACGGAUGCGAUUGUGUAAUGUGUUCACUAUUCCCGUGUGCCGUUUGCUACAAGUCGGUGUUCGGCUUAUGCCUUUUGAAUCCCGAUACGCUAAUUAUGUCAUAUCGGUCACAUUUGUUGGGUGACUUACCAGCUCUCCUUGAAAUACAAGGAUGUCUCCUUG